AUGUGUUUUUUUUUUUNGUACGGGCUCCGGUGCAAGAGGGAGUUGCUGAGGGUUCAAUACUCAUUGAGCCGCAUUCGCAAUGCUGCAAGGCACCUUCUCACUUUGGAUGAGAAAAACCCUCGCCGGAUUUUCGAAGGUCAUGCUCUUCUCCGGAGAAUGAACCGGUAUGGGCUCUUGGACGAGAGCCAGAACAAGCUCGAUUAUGUCUUGGCCCUCACCGUUGAGAACUUCCUCGAGCGUCGCCUUCAAACCAUCGUCUACAAGAACAGCAUGGCUAAGUCGAUUCACCAUGCGCGUGUCCUCAUCAAGCAGAGGCAUAUCAGGGUGGGGAGGCAGGUGGUGAACAUUCCAUCGUUCAUGGUGAGAAUGGACUCCCAAAAGCAUAUUCAAUUUUCUCUCACAAGUCCCUUCGGGGGAACUGGCCGUCCUGGAAGAGUGAAGCGAAAGAACCAAAAGACAGUCGCCAAGAAGGCUGCUGGCGGUGAUGGCGAUGAAGAUUGAACCUUGGACCAUGCCCAACCUUUACAAUUUUUUAUUUUUUUCAACUUAAUUAGUUCUCCAGACUCCAAUAAACUUUGUAGUGGAUGUCGGUAUAUUUUCUGUUUUAUUAGUUUAUUAAU